AUCCAUCCGACCCUUAAAAUCUUAUCUUCUGUUCACUCUCAUCCCUUCCAAAGAAAGCAAAGGAAGUCUUCUUAACUGCGGAUAGACAUGGCUACUCAAAUAACCCCUGCACAUCCUCACAAUUACGAAGAUGACCCCAACAGAGGAGUCAUUCAUUCAGUAGUAGAAGAAGAAGAUCAUCACGAGAAGAAGUCAGUGCUGAAGAAGGUGAAGGAUAAGGCGAAGAAGAUAAAACACACGCUUGCCAAGAAGACACAUGUGAGCGAUUCUGACCAUGACGAUGACCGUAACCCUGCCUAUGAAGUUCACACCACCGUUAUUCGUGAAGACGACGACGAUGAAGACAGCGAAGACGAACCGGAAGUUCAUGGAGCCCCUAUGUAUCAAUCAGCAACGGCUCACGAUCGCACGGGUCAAGAGGAAAUUACAGACGAAUCCAGUGUCAAUCUCGGAAAAGUUCGACCCCCGAAAGGGGACAAGGAGCAUGUUCCAAAGGACCCGACAACCUUCGAAGCGGGUCCUCAUGCUCCGACGGACUACCCGACUCGACCAUCUGAAGGGCCCCAGCAUAUCCCAAUGGACGGUCCACCUUUUGAAGUGGAUCCUCAUGCCCCAAAAGAACGGCCCACUUCGCCUGCCAAUCAUCAGACCAAGGUCGUGGACCCCACCGCAUCAGGUGGCAACGAAGCUGGGUUCCCACAUCUCGACCGUUCAUUCCAAGCCAUGAAUCUGUCAGACAAGGCCAAUCCUCCAACGGGCUCUCCCGAUCAGUUCUCCCCAGAGUCCACUUCCGAAAAAGCCCCCAUAAUUCAAGAAAAUCUCCAUCCAGUCCCAGACACCAACAACGAAUCCCAGCCGUCCAAAGACCAACCCCACGCCUCCUCCUACACCCAAAAGAUCUCCUCCGCCACGUCAGCUCUCGCUCAAAGAGCCGUCUCCGCGAAGAACGCCGUCGCCUCAAAGCUCGGAUACGGCCAAAGCGGGAGCGCCACGUCAACACCGUCCUCGGGGGGCACGGAGUACGGCCGCAGGAUCGUGGAGAAGCUCGCGCCAGUGUACGGGAAGGUCGCGGACGCGGGAUGCGCGGUCGUGUCGAAAAUACAAGGGAGCGGAAACCGGUCGGAAUCGCCCGAGUCGGAAGUUAAAGUUACGGAAACGGAGAGUGGCGUGAAGCGGUCCGAUACGGGAGUUUCGGUGAGUGAGUUUGUAGCGGAGAAGCUCCGGCCUGGGGACGAGCAUAAGGCGUUGUCGGAGAUGAUCUGCGAUGCGAUUCAAAAGAAGAGGGAGGAGCCGGAGAGUGGGUCAGUGCAGCCGCCUGUGGCGGAGCGUGUGUCAGUUUCCGGAGGCGAUGGGUCCGGGAAAGGAGUCGUGGAGAGGUUUAGAGGCGCGGUAGGGUCGGUGUUUGGGAUGGGCGGCAGGUCACGUGACACGCCUGCGCCGGACAGUCAAUCACGUGAUGGUGAUGAAGGAGAGGACCGGAAGAAUCAAGUCUCUAUGACUUGAAAGUGUGCCAAACAGCAGGUAGGAGAUAUCCCAUGUGGGGGUGCGUUUGGAUGUUCAAUUGAAUGGAAUUGCAAUAGAUUCCCAUCCAAUAAAUUCAAGAACUAUGUGAAUAAGGGAAUGCAUGAUUCCGUUAUUUCAACCCAACUGAGCAUCCAAACAGAACCACAUUGCGAUGUACUGUAGUGGAUACUUGUGUUUGUAGGAACAACUUUCUCACUCCUUUACUUGCUUUUCUGCUCUCUUCCAUCUGUUGGACCCGAUUUGAAA